AUGAGUGGAAACAGAGACCCACGUUCAGGCCAGCCUCCUAAGGCCAAAACUAAAUGCCAGAAUGUGAGUCACCAAUCAGACACCCAUCACAGGCCCCACCCCCGGGUGAUGAAAUUGAUCCAGCGUCUGCGUAAGAUCAUAAAUGAGUACAUCCUGCAGCUGGAGAGCAGGCACCAGCAGGAGGACCUGGAGCAGGAGGAGCAACAGCACAGCCAGAACAUCAGGGACCAGGAAGCCAUCCUCGUCCAUUUAAUGUGCGAGGUGGUCAACCUCUUACACUCCGGAGCCUCAAGUAGCCUGGAGCUCCGACUGCCUCGCCUUUCCCUGGACUCAAGGGGUGGUGCUGGAGGUGGUCAGCAGGCCCAGUCAUCCAGGGAGCCUGACCAGCUAAGUCACCAACUGAGUGAUUCGGAAACUGCAUUCAUCAGCUGUGACCUAUCCAACCGUGGGAUUGACCUCUCUGCCUUAUACAAGUCCAACCUCCAGGACUUCAUAGCCUACCAAGGAGACAAAUACCAUGAGGACAAGAACACCUCGGGCUUCAUUAACCUUGGCCUCAGUGAGAACAAGCUCUGCAUUGAUCUGCUGACUGAAAGGUUGAGUCGGAGUGACAUGAACUACAUUGAUGAUGACCUUCUGCAAUAUCCUGAUUGGAGAGGACAUGCAUUCCUGAGGGAAGAAGUAGCCCGGUUCCUGACCUACUACUGCAAGGCACCUGACCUGCUUGUUCCAGAAAAUGUGGUUGUUCUCAAUAGCUCCCUCUCUGUCUUCUUGACCCUGACCAUGGUGCUGUGUGAUCCAGAUGAUGCCUUUCUGAUCCCCACCCCCUUCUAUUCUGGCCUCACAUUAACUGCCCGCCUGUAUUCAAAAGUUGAGCUGAUUCAUGUCCACCUGCAGAGGAAGAUCACUGAGGCGGACACCCAGCCAUUCCAGCUGAUUGUGGACAAGUUGGAGAAAGCCCUGCUGGAGGCUAAGUUUAAGGGGAAAAAGGUCAGAGGUCUUGUUCUCUUCAACCCCAAUAAUUCUCUGGGAGACAUUGACAGUUUGGACUCACUGAAGGAAUACCUGGAAUUUGCCAAGAGGCACAACCUACAUGUGAUUAUUGAUGAGACUUCCAUGCUGUCUGAGUUUCGUGAGUCCAUCCCAUUCCACAGUGUUCUGAACAUGAAAAGUUUGCCUGACCCCAACAGGACCCAUGUGAUCUGGGGCACCAGUAAGAGUUUUGGGAUCUCUGGCUUCCGUUUUGGCACUCUGUACACCCACAACAAGGAGGUGGUCUCUGCCGUUGGCGCUUUUGGCUUCCUCCACGGCAUCUCUGGCAUCACCCAGCACAAGCUGUGUCGGCUGCUCCAGGACAGAGAAUGGAUUGACAACGUGUACCUGCCCACUAAUCGCUCCCGGAUGCAGGAAGCUCACAGGUACAUCACCAACAAGUUGAAGACAAUGAAGGUCCCUUUUGUUAGUCAUGGCUCUGGCCUCUAUAUCUGGGUCAACUUGAAAGAGUACCUGGACCCAUGCACAUUUGAGGAAGAGCAGCUCCUUUAUCGCCGCUUCCUGGACAACAAGCUCCUAUUGGCCCCUGGCAAGGCCUACAUGUGUAAGGAGCCUGGCUGGUUCCGCCUCACCUUUUCGGAUAAGCCCCUCCGCCUGAAAGUCGCCAUGCAGCGGUUCUCUGAGGCGCUAACCGAUAAGAAGCAGAAUUGGAUAGAGAAACAAGUGGAGGAUGCACUGGUGGAAAGUGUGUCCUCCCCAUCCUCCAGCUCAUCCUCCAGCUCAUCCUCCAGCUCAUCCUCCAGCUCAUCCUCCAGCUCAUCCUCCUUCGUAAACCUGGAUAGCUCUCAUUUUUGAGAACUUGAUUUUUUUUACUCUUUGCUAGCCAUUGUUUGAGAGCAAAAUGUUUUUAUGGGGUUGGGGUUGGAAAUCCUAGAGAAACAAAGGGAGCUUUCUGCCUCCCUAUUUUAUUUAUUUAUUUUUCCAUAAUACAAAUUUAUUGUUGCACAAAUGUACAGUGUUUGAACAGAAAAAGAAAGCCCACUGUCGCGUAGAAAGAGGACUUGAAGCGGCACGUGGGAAGCAGGGUGGCUCCGGGAUGUCAGGUGUGUGGUUACCGGCUCUGCUCCAUGUAUGUGGAGAUGUCCGUUUCUUCAGGAAGCUCCGCCACAUUGACUUCAAACCUACCGUGAACAUCAUUGAGGAUUUUGGCAUCACUGUCAUGAGACACAAAAGUGAUAGCCAGGCCUUUGGUGCCAAAGCGACCGGCACGGGCCACCCGGUGGAUGUAGGUGUCCGAUUCCUCAGGCAUGUCAUAAUUGAAGACGAUGUUGACUCACUCAAUGUCCAUCCCCGCCUCCCUAUUU